AUUGGAGAGCCAUGGAGAACACGGCCCCAUCGAUGCACUAAUCUCUCCACGAACACAUUAAUUGAAUGGGAAUUAGGCUACCGAUAAUCGAGGUAAGCCUGGACCACCGACUACACCACAACAUUUAAGAGGAGAAAAACGCAAAUUAGACCCCACGUCAAUGAAUGUUGUGACAGAGAAGCCCCCACGGUGGAGUCGGCCGGUGAAGCGCGUUCCCAAAAUAUGACCAGGGGUGCUUGGACGUGUCGGCAGCAAGAUGACGGCUUAAAAAUCUGGCUCGAACCCCGCGAGAACGAAAAGCCAUUCACCGACUCAGAGAGGGCCCAGAGAUGGCGACUGUCCUUGGCGUCUCUCCUGUUUUUAACCAUUCUGCUCUCCGAUCACUUGUGGUUCUGCGCCGAGGCUAAAGUGACAAGGACCCGUGAUAAGUUUUCAUCAAAAGACUUGGGCGCUUAUCCAUCAAACCAUAUACCACCUAACCACCAUUUAGCUAACAGCAGCCUCAGAGGAAACGAAGAUGCUAUUUUUAUAGGAAAUUCUACCAAACCUUUGUGGCGACUUGAAACUUGCCACCACGAUAGUUUAUCUAAAAACUGCUUUACUUUUGAUGAUGCCGACCAUUUGUGCAAGGGCAUUUCCGAAAAAGAGGGGACGCGGUCUGUAAAUAUUAGUGAUUUAUACCUUUCCUUUUGUAAUUCUUAUUCUCUUCUGGAUUUGUUUUACGGGUCUACAAGUCCGGACAAUUUGAACUGCAGUCUUGACGUGCUCGUUGAUGGCGAUAUGGCAAGGUGCAGUCUUUGCGUCCAGGCGUACCAGCGCUACGACCAGCACGCCCAGGAAAAAUAUGAGGAAUUUGAAAUUAUGACUCAGAAAUACGAAACGGAUGCAUAUUCCGUGAGAACUUGCAUGGAGCAGUGCAAGGAGGCCUAUAAGCCCUGGCUGUGUGCCCAGUAUUUCCCGACCGCCCAGAGGCAUUGUGGGAGGACAGUGCCAUGUGUCCAGUACUGUCUGGAGGUGCAGCAGAGGUGUCCCUUCAUCCUGCCUGACAACGAUGACCUCAUCCACGGAGGCAGCCCCAGCUUCAUCUGCACAGGGCUUUUAGCGGAUUCAGAGCCGGAGAGCAAUGCGGAGUGUUGCGACGUCCGAUGGGACUCCAAACCCGACAACCGCUCUCGCGGGACACUGAAAAGGACUUCUCCCUCCUGUGACCACCAGGGGGCGUCAGUGACCUCGGCCGCCGCCCCCAGACUUUGUAACGGGCGUCUGAAGCUCUGCCUGCUCGUCCUUGUUCUUCUACAUACUGUUGUCACCAUCACCACGUCCCACAAUUCCACGGGGGUCAGCGUGACGGCCAUUUUCUCACUGGAGGAGAGUUCCCCCAGCGAGGAGUGAUUGGGGGGCCGCCCACCUGGAGGGUUUGUCCGGGACUGAGCUUGCAGUGAGGACUGUUCUUCUUGGAUUUGACCCCAAAAUGGCUACCUUGACUCCGUCCACCGUCUGAGGCAUGUCGGACACAGGAAGUCAUCAGGGGCGGAGGAUGAUGGGGUCGUGGUUUGAGGGUCGAGGCUUGCUCGAGGUCGCAGCCCGAGGGACUGACGUCUCACCGUGUCACUCUGAAACCUGUUGACCGUUUCCGUUUUUUUGUCACACCAGGAUGUAUUAUAUCAUUUCCUCCCCCGUCCCUCCCCACGAGCACUUGUUCGUGACGUUUUGGAACGUGAGUGGGUUGUUGUAGAGUAAACGAGGCAGCGAAUUGUAGGGAAAGAUGUAGCCAACUUCAUGUGUUUCUGUACACCCGUCACCUUUGCCCUCAACGUUUCUGCUGCUUUUCAGGUGCCAGAAAGUUCUAAUACAUUCGAUACUUUACAAACAGACAAGCUUUGGUGGGUCAAUCUUACUCCUGGAUGAAAGGCGUGAGAGAGAGAAUGCCUAGAGAGCAAUAGUCAACAGAACGGACAUGCAAGAGCUGGCUUCCCAACACAGAUUAAAACCUACUUCUAAAUCGAUUUCAAACUAUAUCUGUUUUGGGAAGACUGGUUUGCAGAGGUUUAGUCUGUAACCUUCCCAGGUCUGAAGGGUCCCAUGUCCAAGGCCCAUGCCCCCGGAUCCUGUUUGAGUCUGUGUCUGCAUUCAUCCCAUGUGUUUUGUGUUUGAGGCAGCCUAAGAGGCAAGGAUCAGUGAAGCUCAAAUUUACCUCAAAUCAAGUGACUUGUUUUGGACUGGCUGUGAGUCAGCCUGUACGGCCACACCAGGGGGCUGCGUGGAGGGCAUGCUGUCCUGGGCACCCCAGGGCUGUCCCAAAGCCUGGGCCCCCCAGGGCUGUCCCAAAGCCUGGGCCCCCCAGGGCUGUCCCAAAGCCUGGGCCCCCCAGGGCUGUCCCAAAGCCUGGGCCCCCCAGGGCUGUCCCAAAGCCUGGACGCCCCAGUGCUGUCCCAAAGCGUGGACGCCAAACACAGGCAUCUGCUACGGAGCGGGGGAUUGUCUGAACGUGGUUGUGAGGAAGCCUUGACACAAUCAGUCGUUCAAUCAACCAAUCAAUCCACCGAUUGUAUCUUUCCUUUCGACCUGGUCCGGCCCUAUGUUUACCCAGAUGACCGUCUCCUUAUAAAUGGUUCAGUACACAGAGCUAAGGGCUGUGCAGUUGUCAGUGUAAGAGGAAUGAGUUUUUCAAGGGCUGAUUACACAUAUUUCCGGUCUCCUGUUUUGUAUGGCUGCUGCUAUUGCUACUCAGACAUUAAAUAGCUUGUGAAAGGGGCUGAUGAGGAAAAACUAUUUUGAUUUCUCCAGCUUUUUACUUCCUUAGGUUGCUGUAAGAAUACAACAUAAUACAAAUGUUAGGAAUAAAUGGUAAGAUGGCAUUGAAACCAGGUGUAUGUGGACUUUUCAUGUCCAUCCUAUACAAGGUCAAGUAUAUUUGGAUACAUUUACUUUGGCUUUCUUAUGGUAUUCAAUUUGACUUAUUUAUUGUGAUAGCUGUCUAGUAACCCCCCCAUGAU